UCGCGUCACCCGAAUGUUCGUCCGAAAGACAACUUUUGUGAAGCCAGCACAAUGGCAGACUACAAGACGUAUUUAGCGUCAUGUAUCCUAACGGAGGAUAAAGUGAUCACCUAUCGCCUUCUCAGUCGCGCAUUGAAGGUGCAUGUCAAUGCUGCAAAGGAGAUGCUCUACGACUUCCAUCAGAAACAGAAUGCGAAGAAACCGGGAACAAUUCAUGCGACAUACCUUCUCAGUGGAACCAAGCGACCAGAAGACACAAUACCUCUGAAUGGCGAUGCAAAGAAGGAUGGCGAGGACGAUUAUAUGCAGAGCAGUCCAUUUAUGAAUAGUUCGAUGCCACAGCUAGAAGGUACAGGAGAAAAUUCGGUGCUGAGCAUCACAUUGGUUAGAGAAGAGGAUUUGGAAGAUGUACGUGCUCAAUAUGAGCACAUCUCUUCGAUACAUAUCUACAGUCUCGAGCCACAUCCGUUGAAGGACCUCCAAGUCCUCUCAGACGCAACCCGCGAGCUCCAACUCCUAAUCGCAAACGAAGACCCCCUCGAAAUAGCCUCAAAAUACGGCAUCAUAAGCAACAAAAACGUCAAGCGCCGCGCUGUCCGUCAACUACCAACUGCAGCCGCAGCUCCCGUCCCCGCAGCAUCAGCAUCCAAAGUUCCUGUACCCACACCAGCAGCAAAGCCCAAACCCGAGUCUAAAGCACAACCCUCAACCGCAAAAGAAUUCUUCGGCAAAGGAAAAGAGAAGACCAAGACCACUACCACUACCACUACCACAGCGACUGGUAAUCCCUCAAGCAAAGAGUCAACACCUGCUCCGGGCCCCGCUACACUUAAGAAAGAAUCCUCUAGCAUCUUCAAAUCAUUCGCUAAGGCGAAACCGAAGUUGAAGAGAGAAGGGACGGACAGCUCUGUAGUCGAAGAUAGUCCCAUGAGAGAUGUAGAUGAUGAAGACGAAGAGGAGACUUACGUCCCGCCGCCGCAGCCGAGUAAGGAAAUUGUGGAUAGUGAUCGGAAGGCAAGGAAAGAGAGAGAGGAGAAGUUGAGACGGAUGAUGGAGGAGGAUGACGAUGACGAGGUGGAGGUUAGGGAGGAGCCGAAGGUAAAAGAGAUAGACGUUGAGAAGGAGAAGUCUGUCGAGCUAGAGAAGGAGGAGAAGAGUGUUGUUACUGGUGGGCGGAGGAGGGGACGCAGGAGAAUCAUGAAAAAGAAGACUGUUAAAGAUGCAGAGGGAUAUUUGGGUAGGUUUCCGUUUUCAUUUUACAAAAGUUUGGGGUACUGACAACCAACAGUGACGAAAGAAGAGCCAGUCUGGGAAUCCUUCUCCGAAGACGAAGCUCCUCCACCACCCAAACCCAAAGUCUCAGCCUCUUCAACUUCUAAAGCGAAGAAAUCAACUGCCAAAGCGGGACAAGGGAACAUCAUGUCUUUCUUUGGGAAGAAGUGAUGCUUUUCUUCUCCACUUGCGCUGAACUGGAGCGGAGAGCGAUGAAACGUGAAAUUUAAGGGAGGGGCCGUGUACGAGGAAUGAUGCAUGGGUGUGAUGUAUGAUUAUGAGCGAUAAUGAG